CCUCUUGUGAACCUGGCCCUCUUGAGAGCCACUGAGCUGGGAGUGCUCUUGGGGACAGCUGGGGCAAACGCAGCAUUGUUGCCUAGCAGUCCCUUUGGAGAGGUCAUAAGGGAUUGUUGCUGAGCAACCUGGGGGCUCUUGGUGCCACAUCACCCUUUAUGGAGUUUUAAGGUGGUGGUGGUGGUGGGUCCACUCCCCUUAGGAGGAGCAGUCCAUCUUGGCAGGGUAUGAACUUCCCUCAGAGGCAUGGGGCUGUUAUCAGGGCCAUGAGAUACUGAAAACCACGCAAGACAGAUCUGGGAAGUCGGGAAACCGUAAAAUCACUGAGACCGCAUCCAGGCAGGAAGGAUAAAGACUGAAGAGAAACUGUCCCUGAGUGGGUGGAAGAAUAAGAAACCAUAUGAGAAGUUGGGUAUAGGAACAAGGCUAAACAUGUCCUCGUUUGACUUUUAAAAGUCUCACAAGGAAAGAAAGACUUUUCAGCUUCACCCUUCACCUGUCUUAGAAAUAACAACAUAUCAUAAUCAGAGAUUUCACCUGGGCCACAGGCCACGGGCCACCAUGGAUGUGAACCUUGAUGCCCUUGGGGGUCAAAAGAAAACAAACGACAGCAGCAAGGGAAGCGACAGCCCAGAAGCCCAGCAAGAUGCUGUGACGAGGACAGAUUCAUCGGAGAUGACUGAUGUGGAAUCUGUGAUCAGCAGCUUUGCAGCUUCAGCAAGGGCAGGCCGCCGCAAUGCCUUACCUGACAUCCAGAGUCCAGCAGCCACAGGUGGAUCCUCUGAUCUUCCACUGAAGCUGGAGGCAUUGUCCAUGAAGGAAGAUGUUAAAAAGAAGAAUGAAGAGAAAGCACAAGACCAACUGAAAAAGCCCCUAAAUGAAGAAAAAUGAACACUUAGAAUUUAUCCAGGGUGUUGAUUUUGUUCACAUUGGGAGACGUAGUAUGUAUGCAUUCCUGAAGUGUUUGAUCUGGUAGUAGACGUGGUAAUGUGUGUGUUUUAGGUCAUUUUGUUGUGAUACUCUGUCUUUAAACCACAACCAUGAUACACAAAUAGGUUAUAAAAAGGUAUUACUUUGAAAUUGCACCCAAGGAAGAACACACUGUUUAUAUGACAACAAAAUCCACUGUCUAUCUUGGGAUUUACUUAGUCAGAUAUGUGUUUAAUUAUGUUCUUACUGAGAUAGAAAUUUUUCUUGAUAUGCAUAAACAGAAACCUAGUAAUUUAAUACUUUGUAGAAUUUGUAGGAAAUUAUAUUUUUUGGUGAGAUGGAAUUAAUAGUAAAUAUCACACGUAUAAAAUGUGUUUUUUUUUUUUUUUUUUUUUGUCAAAAUUAUACCAUGUUUUCCCCAAAAAGUUAAGAGUGUUCUGGAAAUAGUGUAAGAGCUGUGACAACAUAAACAUUUCUAGGAUGUUUUCAUCUGAUGUAUUUUGCAUCUAGUCUGUGUAUACUGUGAUUUUUCAUAUGGACCCACAGAAUGUAAAAUUUGUGGCAAAUUGCUUAUAUGAAACAUGUGUAAUAAAUAAAUUCCACUAUAUUCCUUAA